AUGGGAUUCAGGACAUGGCGAUUACUGCGCCCAGGUUUUCAGCAAACCCCUACUGGCGGACGCUGGUAUGGCCUUGAUUACUUCAGCUGGAAUAUGAUUGUUGGUUUUAUCAUAGUAACAGCUGUUCUGUCUGUUGCGACAGGUGAGGAACCAGUAAAUAUUCGCCAAGCAUCAAUGCCGCAAGCCAUUAUACUCUAUCUCGCCAGCAGCCAGCUUAUUGUCACUGGGCUCAUGGCAGCCUUAGGUUUGAAAACUCCGGUCCGAUUUUCUUCGACAACAAGGGGGAGCCUUAUGAAACCAGGGAUCUUCGUGUUAAUCGAAGAUAUUGUUGGUGUUGAUGGUGGCGGCGGUCCAGAAUUCCGAGAUGCUUUGAUGGCUAGGUACGAGACUAGCAAGGUGUUUCGUAGGCUUAUUGCGCAGAUGAAUUGGUUCUGGGGUAUUGGCUCGAUGAUAGUAGCAGGGGGUACAACUGCAAUUGUCUACAUCGUUGAAGACCUCAAUGUUGUCUUUGCCCUUGUGAGGCUGGUGUCUCCCGUGGAUAUGGGCCGGAAUUGGUGCCAUCUGCACAGUUUUGUGGACCAAAAGAAUGCUGAAGUUGGAGAUUCAAUGGAAAUCUCCUCUAGCACAGUAGGAUCAUACCAGCCGAAAAUGUUCGGCAGCGUGUGA